ACUUACUACUACGAUUAACUUUAGCUUGCUCUGCUACUGCAGGGCUCACCGUCAUCGAUGUCCGGGGAGAAUCAACCCUCCAUACUAGACCAGCUCGAUGCUGUUGUUCCUCUCGCACGCUUCGACGCAUUCCCAAAACUUCCUUCAACCUACAAGGCCCGCUCAGAAUCCCGCGGUUUCUUCACUCUUUUGGUCGCUCUCAUCGCACUCCUACUUGUAUUAAAUGAUAUUGGAGAGUACAUCUGGGGUUGGCCAGAUUAUGAAUUCAGCAUAGACUCGCAGGGCCAGUCCCAAUUGAAUGUGAACGUUGAUGUGGUAGUCAAUAUGCCUUGUCAAUAUCUUAGUGUGGACUUGCGUGAUGUAGUUGGUGACCGCUUAUUCCUCAGCAAUGCGUUCCGUCGGGAGGGUACUCAUUUCGAUAUUGGCCAAGCAACAACUCUCAAGGAACAUGCCAAGGCUCUUUCUGCUCGCCAGGCAAUCUCACAAUCCAGAAAGUCGCGUGGACUCUUCUCUUGGUUCCGCCGCGCUGAACCUGAGUUUCGCCCUACAUAUAACCACGAGAAGGAUGGAAGUGCAUGUCGUAUUUAUGGGUCCCUACAGGUCAAGAAAGUGACUGCUAAUUUACAUAUUACAACGCUCGGACAUGGCUAUAAUAGUCACAUCCAUGUGGAACACAAUAAGAUGAACUUGUCCCAUGUGAUCAGCGAGUUUUCGUUCGGACCAUACUUCCCCGAUAUCUCUCAACCCCUUGACUACUCAGUUGAGAUCGCAAAAGACCCGUUCAUGGUGUACCAAUACUUCUUGCAUGUGGUUCCAACUACAUACAUUGCCCCCCGAAGUCGGCCUCUCGAGACAAACCAAUACAGCGUUACUCACUACACCCGUAAGCUGGAGCACAAUGAAGGAGUCCCCGGUAUUUUCUUCAAGUUCGAUCUCGAUCCAAUGGUUAUCAGCAUCCACCAGCGCACAACCUCGUUGGUACAAUUCAUAAUACGCUGUGUUGGUGUCAUUGGUGGUGUUUUCACCUGCGCGCAGUAUUUCGUUCGUGUUGCCAUUCGCGCAGCGGACGCCGUCUCAGGGGCAGAUACCACUCCGGGAAUUGUAGCCGCUGAAGCUACUGGUGUGAAGCGAAAAUGGGCCGGCGGACAGUUACGUGUACGUUCCACUGCACAAAACUCGACGAAUGUCGUCAGACAAGGCCCAGGUUGGGUCGUCGAAGGUUCCUCCUCACCGUACGCAUCCUACGCGAAUACGCCCGCCUCAGGUGGAUUCACCGGCCAAAGUCCAUAUCCCUAUUCACCAUAUCUAUCUGCACCUCCCUUGACUAGCAGUGCGAGUGUCCCACCGACACCAGGAACAGGCGUUGGACUUGGCUUUGGUGGGGCGGCGUUUGGCCCGCCGCCGAGUGGGAGAGGACAUAAGCAGGGGAAGUCAGUCAAUAUCUCACGAAGUGUUAGCGGAGGACUCAGUUCGCCCUUCGCCGUUCCUUCACCGCUUAUGUCCCCGGCUGUGGGCCCACCACCCUCGGGUAAGAAGGAUGAUUAACGGGAUACUUAGUAUAGUACUGUCUGCUAUUACUGAGAAAUCUGGAUCGCCCGGAGAGUUAGUUGCCAAUAACAGCUCACAUGUGACCAAUAUGUGAAGAAUGAGAGUCAGCAGGCCUAGGUUGCACAAUUGCUCACGAC